AUGCUUCCUUUAUCCAAGGUUAGUAGACAGAAAAUUAUACAGAUAUACGGUUCACGACAUAUUGGUAGGGAUCAAGCAAGUGGGCUGGUACGCUUGAUGGAUAUCUUUUGCUUUAGCGAGGUGUGCCUUAUUGCAGAUGUUGUCCAGCAUUUCAGAGAUGCUCAGUUGGAGUAUGAUGCUUCCUACGUAUAUGAGGAUGUUACACAUGCAAUUCAGUAUGUGCAUAGGAGUGGCAUUCUUCAUGAAACUAUUCUUUCUGAUCCCAAGAAGUAUUUUAUGAAAAAUAAUCAACUUCCUAAGUUUCUGACGAUGCUUAAGGAUAAGGGUAAAAAAUUGUUCUUACUAACCAAUUCUCCAUAUUGUUUUGUUGAUGGAGGAAUGAGGUUCUUAUUGGAGGACACUGGCGUUUAUAGAGAUUCCUGGAGGGAUCUCUUUGACGUCGUGAUUGCUUGUGCUAAUAAACCAACCUUCUACACUUCCGAGCAUCCCUUCAGAUAUUAUAAUAUUGAGAAGGGCACCUUAGCUUUUACGGCAGUCGAUGAGUUUCUUCCAGGCCAAGUUUACUAUCAUGGCUGCUUAAAAUCAUUUCUACAAAUUACAAAAUGGAAUGGCUCUGAGGUGAUUUACUUUGGAGAUCAUCUUUUUAGUGACCUUAGAGGACCUUCAAAGGCUGGCUGGAGAACUGUUGCUAUCAUCCAUGAACUAGAGAAAGAAAUCCGCAUACAAAACACUGACGAAUAUCGAUUACAACAGGCAAAAUUUCACACGAUACAAGAACUGCUUGGAAAAUUUCACAUGGUCAUGCCUAGAUGUGAUGAACAAACUUCUCUUUCACUACUAGAUGAGCUUAACGACGAAAGGAUACACUGCCGUUGUAUGAUGAGGAACAUGUUCAAUACAUUUUUUGGGGCAACUUUCCUUGCAGACAGUGGUCAGGAAUCAGCUUUUUCUUACCAUAUCCAUCACUAUGCAGAUGUGUACACUAGCAAGCCAGAGAAUUUCCUGUUAUACUCUCCUGAAGCAUGGCUUCAUGUUCCGUUUGACAUUAAGAUCAUGCCGCAUCAUGUUAAGGUUCCCUCAAGUUUGUUCAAGCAGCAGUAGCUUGGUGACUUGGUGCGCUUAUAUAAGAUCUACUACAGAGAAACAUGAACUUUACCUCAUUUGAUUAAAUUCAUUAAGCAAGGCGGGCACGGGCACGGGCACGGGCACGGGCACGGGCACGGGCAGUCUUAGAUAGCGAACUGGUCUUGUGGAUAAAAUACCAGCACUAAUAUUCUAAAUAAUUCGUUGAUUCAUUCAUGGGUGUUAUCAUGUUUUUGUUUCUUAUUGGAUCAUACUUUGGUCUUUAAGCAAUGAAAUUGUGCUUGGCAUGGAUGGAUGUGUAUGAUGCUCGAUAAUAGUGUAUGCUCCUUAAUUGCUUAUGCUUCUAUUAAGUAUCUUUCAUUUUAAACGUGUGACUUGAAAGAAGAAUCUUUCACUUGGGCAUUGCUUGCAGCAGCGACCUUAUAAGCAGUAAAGUUAUAAAAUGCGC